AUGACCGUGGUGAACCGUUUAACGUUGGUGUGAAAGUUUCUUUGCUAUCCUUCUCAUUUAUUUUCCUCUCUUCUUCCUCUGUUUCUUUUUUCAGCAGGGUAGUUGCCUGCCCUCCUCCUUUUUCUUAUUAUUCUUCUCUUCUUGCUACAAAGUUGAUAAGAAAAAAGAGCAGGAAACAACAUGGAGACACCUCCCCGUCUGAAGAUUGAGAGGACAUCUUCAAUAGAGGAGGAGCCUCGGACUCUCACGUUUGAUCAGCUUAGAUAUGCCAGGGAGGCAGCAUUGUAUGUGCUAAGCACCAAAACCAUGGAAGAGGCUAUUGAAAUCUUCACAGAGGGUCUGAAGCCAGUUCUCAGCAAAAGGGACAACAUGGAUUCGGAUGACGACGCCCAGAUGUUGGAUUGCGUUGAAGUGGAGCAUCUAAACCUCCCCUUCCUAGAGAGAGACAUAAUUUCUGCUCCUUUUUAGCUAGUCUUUGUACAUGUGAAACUGGUCCAAAUUUUUCUCUUUUUUUUUUUUGUGAGUCGAGCAUCCAAAUUUUUGUAUAAAGUAGGCUUGUUGAGUGGUGGAAUAGCUUAUGUGGUGCCCUUUCCUAGCUUAGACUCCCGGACGACCAUCGGGAGGACCUGUACGGCUGUAUAUUAAUCUUGCUCAGUUAUGUAUUAGAUAAAUUUUGGAUAUCUA